CCGAGACCCAGAUGACAGGAUGAAAUGGAGGAUCGCGAUUAAACGCAUCGACGAAGUGUCAAAGAAAGUGUGGGAGCCGGGAAAGUAUGACAUCGUUUGUCGGAAGCAUUUUCGGACGGAGGACUAUGUAGAGCACUCAACAUUGCUAGGUGAGAAAAAAAAUCUCAAAAAGGGAGCUGUGCCAUCUGUAUUUGGUUUUAGACCGGAGAGCAGUCCAUCUGCGAAGAGAAGGAGGACACGUGGACCUAGAAAAAGCUUGGACGAGGUUGACAUGAAUUUGAAUGACAUAGGGAACGAGGUAACUGUGGAGUCCAUAGAAACGUCAAAGCCUGAAACGCCAUCUGAUCCGGAUAGUUCUCGGUUACCGCCUGCAGACCACACUGUUCAAUGUAAAUUGUCUUCGGACAGGUAUUCUAUUGAAAAAUUCAUGUUCAAACCAAGAGCUGUUCAGUACUACACAAGUUUUGACAGUUGUGAUCAUUUCAUUCUAUUUUUCAAUAUCCUGGGACCAGCUGUUGAAAAAUUAGACUACAAAUGUAGUGUCUUAUCUCCCAAAAACCAGCUGUUCAUGACUUUAAUGAAGUUGAGACAAGGAAAAGAUGACAUGGAGCUUGCUAUUAUGUUUGAAGUCAGUCGGUCUGUUGUAGGUCAGAUUGUCAACACCUGGAUGAACUUUCUAUAUUUCCAGCUACAAGAGGUAAACACAUGGCCCUCAAAGGAAGUUAUACGUCAUACCAUGCCAGAAAAUUUUAACAAGCAAUUUCCAUCCACAAGGGUCAUACUUGAUGCAACAGAAAUUCCUAUCCAGAAGCCAUCAAAUGUAAAUGCCCAGAGUGCCAUCUUUUCAACUUACAAAAAUAAGAACACACUUAAAACCAUGAUUGGUUGUACGCCGCAUGGUGUGGUAUCUUACAUUAGCAGAAGCUAUGGGGGAUCAGCUAGUGACCGCCAAAUCAUUGAGAGAAGCAAGUUGUGUUCUGACACUUCCUCAUUUUUCCAAAGGAAAGACAGUAUAAUGGCCGACAGAGGCAUCAUGGUCCAGGACUUAUUUGCAACCAAGGAUGUGUAUGUGAACACACCUACCAUGCUCAAGGGGAAAUCUCAGCUCGAGCCAGAGGAAGUUGUUCAUGACAGGAGAAUUGCAUCAAAGCGAAUUCACAUUGAACGUGAAAUUGGUCUGGGUAAAACCUUCAAAAUGCUGAAAAGAGACUUACCACACAGUAAAAUUCUGAUGGGUGAAAGGAUUGCCUUCAUAUGUUUCAGUAUAAAUAACUUCAGAAAUUCAAUCGUGGGAUUGCUUGCAUAGAUAAAAAUGUCCAUCUUUUGUCAGAAGGGAGACUAGUUUGUUGCUGUGGUAAAGUAUUUACAAGGGUAUACAUCAUUUACAUGAAAGAGAAUUAACACUUUCUUUUGUCAUCAAUAAUUUAAUAUCACACUCACAGUACAUGUAUUUGAAAUUUUGGUAUUUUAAUAUGUACACAAUAAACAUGUCCUCUGUUGCUUAACGCAGCACUCAGCAAUAUUCCAGCUACAUGACGACGGUCUGUUAACAAGAGGCCCAUAGGGCCUGUAUCGCUCACCUGUAUAUUUACGCAA